AUGGGCGCACAAUUUUUUUUUUAUAUACUCAUCCUAUUUUUUGCAUUUAAUUCGGGAAAAGGUGCUGCAGAUACGAUAAGUGAUAGCUACAAGAAUAAUUUGAAUUACAAUGUGGAUUUAUCAUCUUUUAAAAAUAUAUCAAAGAAGAUGGAAUUUAAUAAUUUAAAAAAACUUCUUUUGACAAAAAACAUUUUGAAGGGUAUAGGAACUAUAAUGAUGAUAAUGUUUUCUGUAUUUGUAAUUUUAGACAAGAUUUCACAUUCUAAAGAAUUAGAAAAUUAUAGAAAAAGGGAGGAAGAUUUAACAAGUCGAUUAAAGUCAGCAGAAAAUGAUAUGUUAUUAUCUAGGGAGGAUUAUGGUAAGAAGGUUGAAGAAAUUCAAAGUGUAAUUAAUAAAAUAAUUUUUCAUACUCUAAAUAAUAAAAAUAUCAGUUAA